UCUGCGAAAGCCCAAGACUCUUCUGCUCACUGUGGCUCUCUGAGCCCAUCAGAACAAAAGAAGAAAGGGAGCAGCCUCCUUCCUGUUACUAGUCCUGACCACUGUCUGCUUCUGCCUAGAAAAGUCCUAGAGGAAGAGGGGAAAGAAACAGCCUUGCCCUCACUCUCCAAAGCCACCUAACCCUAUCCACUCAGCAUCAGCCUCUGGAGAUCCCAUGGCCCUGACUCCCUGGGGCUGCUGCCCCUGGCUUAUCCUCCUCUGUGCUUAUGCCUGGAGUCACCCAAAGCCUGUGAACCUUGGAAGAAAGGAUAUGAGAAACUGUUCAACCAACCCUCCGCACCUUCCAGUUACUGUGGUCAAUACUACAGCACGACUCACAGCCCUCCGCCAGCAGAUACAGGCCUGGAACCUCUCUGCCUACUUAAUCCCAGACACGGAUGCACACAUGAAUGAAUACAUUGGCAGACAUGAUGAGAGGCGUGCAUGGAUGACAGGCUUCACAGGAACUGCAGGUAUUGCUGUGGUGACCAUGAGGAAGGCAGGUGUCUGGACUGACAGUCGGUACUGGACUCAGGCAGAGAGACAGAUGGACUGCAACUGGGAACUCCAUAAAGAAGUGAGUUAUAAUUCCAUUACCACUUGGCUUGCUGCUGAAAUUCCUAAUGGAGGGCGUGUGGGUGUGGAUCCCUUCCUCUUCUCGGUUGCUACCUGGAUGGCUUAUGACCUGGCCCUUGAAAAAGUCAACAGAGAACUGGUAUCCAUUACCACCAACCUUGUGGACCUGGUGUGGGGCUCUGAGAGGCCACCAGUGCCAAGCGAACCCAUUUAUGCCCUGCAGGAGGAAUUCAUAGGGAGCACUUGGCAGGAGAAAGUAUCUGACAUCCGAAGUCAGAUGCAGAAGCAUAGCAUGGCUCCAACUGCUGUUCUUCUGUCAGCACUUGAUGAGACAGCCUGGCUUUUCAACCUUCGCAGCCGUGACAUCCCCUUCAACCCCUUCUUCUAUUCCUACACUCUGCUCACAAACUCUUCCAUCAGGUUAUUUGCAAACAAGAGCCGUUUUAGUCCUGAGACUCUGCAGUACCUGAACUCAAAUUGCACAGAAUCCAUGUGUGUGCAAAUUGAGGACUACAGUCAAGUUCAAGACAGUGUUCAGGCCUACGCCGUAGGAAAUGUGAAGGUCUGGAUUGGGACCAUAUAUACCACACAUGGGCUUUAUGAAGUGAUACCCAAGGAGAAACUCCAGACAGAUGACUACUCCCCAGUGAUGGUGACCAAGGCAAUGAAGAACAGCAAGGAGCAGACCCUCCUCAAGUCCAGCCACGUGCGGGAUGCUGUGGCUGUGAUUCGGUACUUGGUGUGGCUGGAGAAGAACGUGCCAAAAGGCACUGUGGAUGAGUUCUCUGGGGCACAGCUCUUGGACAAGUUUCGAGGAGAAGAAGACUUUUCCUCUGGACCCAGUUUCCAAACCAUUUCUGCGAGUGGCCUGAAUGCUGCCCUAGCCCACUACAGCCCAACCCAGGAGCUGCAUCGCAAGCUGUCCUCAGAUGAAAUGUACCUGGUGGAUUCUGGGGGACAAUACUGGGAUGGAACCACAGACAUCACCAGAACAGUCCACUGGGGCACCCCCUCCGCCUUCCAAAAGGAGGCAUAUACCCGUGUGUUGAUGGGAAACAUGGAUCUGUUUAGACUUGUCUUUCCUGCUGGGACAUCAGGGAGAAUGGUGGAAGCAUUUGCCCGCAAAGCCUUGUGGAGUAUUGGGCUCAAUUAUGGUCAUGGGACAGGCCAUGGCAUUGGCAAUUUCCUAUGUGUACAUGAAUGGCCAGUGGGAUUCCAAUCUGACAACAUUCCUAUGGCCAAGGGCAUGUUCACAUCCAUUGAACCUGGCUACUAUCAGGAUGGAGAAUUUGGGAUUCGUCUUGAAGAUGUGGCCCUUGUGGUGGAAGCAAAGACCAAGUAUCCAGGAUCCUACCUGACCUUUGAAGUGGUGUCCUUUGUGCCCUAUGACCGGAACCUCAUCGAUGUCAGCCUGCUGUCCCCUGAUCAGCUCCAGUACCUGAAUCACUACCACCAGACUAUCCUGGAGAAGGUGGGCCCAGAGCUACAGCGUCGCCAACUGCUGGAGGAAUUGGCAUGGCUGCAGCGGCACACAGAACCCUUGUCUGCCAGGGCCACAAGCACAGCCUCCUUGGCCUCUGUGUGGGUUGCCUCUACUCUUGCCAUUCUUUGCUGGAAUAGCUAGCAACUACCAAUUCCUCUGCUGAUCCCCCACCCACAUGUGGGCUCAAAGCUCCCCUCAGCCUCCUUCAGGACCAAACCCCAAGCAAUGCUUUCCCCUCUUCCAAGGCCUAUACACCUCACCCUAGAUUCCCAGUCCAACUUCCCAGGAUAAUAGAGCUCAGUGGUCAUCCCCUGCUCCCCCUGCUACAGCCGCUCCUCCUACGCCAAAUAAAAGAACCAAAGCCAGUGCCCCUACUCUUAGGGGACCCAUGGCCCAGGAAGAGUCCUACUCUAUCAUCCCUCUGCUGCAGAUGGAUGGCCAGAGCAUUUCCAUCCAUACUGGCUCCUGAUUUGGUGGUAUUCCCACAUCCUAAAGGCUGCCUAUGGCCAAUCCCAGUGUCCCCAGCCCUAUAAUGACUUCCUGGUUACAGCCCAUAGGGCUUGAAGGAACUAGGUUUUCUCCAGAUUGCCUGCUGUACCUAUAGAGGGAGGGUGGGUGAAUCUUCUGGUUGCAGACUUCCAUCCUAGGAUUGAAAACAGAUUAGCAGGGGGUAGGUUAGGUCUGGAGCCAGAGAUCAUCCAGAGACAUGCACUAGCCCAUUGCUCACAUGUGAGUUCCUAACCCCUGAGUGUGCCCCAUGCUGAGGGAAAGCAUGAAGAGUUAGGGUGCAAGAAUUUGGCUAUGGGCUAGGAAUGGAUUGUGGCAAGGCAUUUGGGAAUUCAGGGAGCAAUUGAGGCAACUACAUGGUGUCACUAUUACAAAGCUUUCCUGACAUCCAAGGUGUCCUUGGAGUACAGCCAUGGUGCCAAUGUUAUUGAAUCUUCCCAAGUCCUUACAUGGCCCUUAACAUUGGAGUCUGAUUUCCCCAUUUCACAGACAGGAAAACUGAGGUCCAAGUAGGGAGUGGGCCUUCCCAAGGAUACACAGCACUUUGUUGGGAGGUGGAGGGGCAGAUGGACCAACACUCCAGCUCCUUUUCCCUUCAGCACCAUGCUGAAUCUCUUACCUACCUCCUCAGCCCCUCAUUCACUGAGCCCACUGUUGGGAGAGAAGAGUUUUCUCUAGUCUUGGCGGUUAGCCACCUGGCCUCACAUCCUGCUAGAUGCUUAAAACAGCCUUGUGAAGA